GUGGUCUCCCACUUCCGGGUGUUGUGAAUAAAGCGCGCGUGUUUGUGUCUGGUGACUUCCUCCUCGUGCAGAUCUCAGGAUGUCAACGACGUCGCAGAAGCACCGAGACUUCGUAGGCGAGCCGAUGGGAGACAAAGCGGUGACGGCUCUGUCCGGGAUCGGAGAGAUUCUGGGCAAGAAACUGGAGCAGCAAGGCUUCGACAAGGCGUCCGUGGUUCUCGGUCAGUUCCUGCUGUUGAGGAAAGACUCGGAGAUGUUCUCCGAGUGGCUGAAGGAUUGCAGCGGAGCGAACUCUCGGCAGGCCGGCUCCUGCGCUCAGUGCCUGAAGGAGUGGUGCGACGCCUUCCUGUGAAGCCCCGCCUCUUCCUGUUCUCGCUCUGCUCACUUCCUGUCGCUGCUUCAGGUGAAUCUCCGGCUGUGUCGCCAUGGCGACCGACAGGUGUUCAUUUACCUGCUAAUGAGCUG